UGUUGAGAUCCAUAGAUCUAAUCCUCCCUCUCUUAAUCUCUUCUUUUCUGGCUUCUUCGAUUUUACGAACACUAUGUUUUCGACAUUCCAGAGUUUCAUCAGAAUGGUUCGAACUUCCAAGUAUUUGAACGUUGAGUCAUCGGGUUGAAUUCCGGAUGAAACCAUCUCUUUGAAAGAGCUUCUUUGAAUCUUCCGUAUUGCGUCUUGUUACACGAUUGAAGAAGCUUUCUGUAUAUUGCUUCAGCCUUCAUUCAAGUAGCCAACUUUAGUGUAGAGUCGAACAUAACAGAGAAAAUGCCAAGCUUAUUUCAUCGCUUCUACAUAGCUCAUCGCUUCCUGAACGUUUCCAGUAUCCUCAAAAGCAUUGAUCUAGAUUCCAUAUACAACAACAUCAUGAAUUCAACCGUCUCUUUAUACACUUUCUCUGCCAUAUUGAGCUGGCCCAGCACAGUAGCAUCUGGCUUUAUGAGGCAUACUGUAUGCCGCAUACAUAUCAGAGCAUGCAAGGAUCAGGACGAGAGUAUUAUAUGUUCACUUACCCGGUGUGACCCCAACUAAAAUCAUACGCCUUUUCGCAGCUUCUACUGAUUCGCAUGUAAAUACUCUGUCAGCUCACGCUCACCAUAGGCAUCAAUGUUGGCCGAAUAAUCAUUCUCUCCUUGUUGCUAAGCCUCUCUGCCCAUGAGCUCAACUACGCAUCUUCAACAUCCUCGAUACAAAAAUCCAAAGCCGCAAGAAUAGGCGGGAAUACAUCCUUCAUAACUUAGACAUUUCGUCGAACACUUGGUGGGUGUUAAAAAAUUUCUUCACUAAAAGAAAAAGGACGUAAGAUAAGGUCCACCAAAAACAAAUUAUUCCACAAUUUUCCUGCUUUAAUAUGAAGAGGAAGACUUGCCUAGUCAAAGUCAACCUCCUUACAGAGAAAUUUCUUUUAUAAAUAGAAGUGAGUUAAGCCCAUCACUCACCACUCAACAAACAAAGUAUCUUCGUUUCCCAAAGACAAAAAUUGAGAGACGAUGAUUCGAACCCAAUCGUAUAGCUUUCUUACCAUCUAUUUCUUCUUUUGCCUUCUUCCCUUACCAAACACCAUCGCUUCUCCCACACGGUUCCUGUGCCGCAGCGACCAAAGAGAUGCUCUUUUAGAGGUACAAAAGGAGUUGCAUAUACCAACAACUACAUGGAACAAGACCGUUGACUGCUGUUCUUGGGAUGGUGUCACAUGUGAUGCUAUCUUGGGAGAGGUGAUAUCACUACAACUCUAUUUUACUACUGUCAACACAUCUUUGAAAUCUAGCAGUGGUCUUUUUAAACUCCAACAUCUUCGUGAGCUAGAUCUUUCACAUUGCAAUCUCCGAGGAGAGAUUCCUUCUUCAGUAGGAAAUCUUUCUCAUCUCACAUCUCUAGAUCUUUCUCGUAACCAAUUAGUAGGUGAAGUUCCGACUUCAAUCGGUAACCUAAACCAACUAGAAUCCGUUAAGCUUCACAAAAAUCAUCUUGGAGGUAAUAUUCCUACAUCUUUUUCCAACUUAACCAAGCUUUCUACUAUAUACCCAGCGAGAAUCAAUUCACUGGUGGUGAUAUAGUAUUAGCCAAUUUAACCAGCUUGACCUCUAUAGACCUCUCUUCCAAUCACUUUCACUCCUCGAUUUCCUCUUACCUAAGUGAAAUCCACAACUUGGAGCGAUUCUCAGCGUAUGACAACUCAUUUUCCCUCAUCAUUGCUAAAGAUUUCUUCCUUAGCUCAGAUUGAUUUAAGCAGCGGAAACCAAUUCGAGGGACCUAUUGAUUUUGGGAAUACAUCUUCAUCAUCCAAACUUGAAGUGUUAUAUCUUAGGCAUAACAAUUUCCGAGGACAAGUCCCUAGUUCUUUAACUAAACUAGUCAACCUCUAUGAUCUUGAUCUUUCUUACAACAAGUUGGAAGGUCAAGUACCUCACUGUAUAUGGACAUCUUCUUCUUCUAAGUUGGAGUAUGUAAAGCUUUCUCAUAAUUCUUUCAACAGUUUUGGCAAAUCAUUGCAAGUUAUCGAUGGAGGGACGUUAACACAAUUGGAUCUUGCUUCAAAUUCACUCCAAGGACCAAUUCCUCAAUGGAUCUGCAAGUUAAGAGCUUUAGAGAAGUUAGAUUUGUCAAACAACCAUUUCACUGGUUCCAUCCCUCAAUGUUUCAAGAAUUUCACUUCUCUUGAAGAUCUUUUCCUGCGAAACAACAGUCUAAGUGGAUUUCUACCAGAUAUAUUCACCAACUACACAUUGUUGAAAUCAUUUGAUGUCAGCCGCAAUAACUUGGUGGGUAAGCUUCCAAAAUCUUUGAUCAGUUGCGAGAAUAUGGAAUUUCUCAACGUGAAAGGAAACAAGAUCAAGGACACGUUUCCAUUUUGGUUGGGAUCUCUACAAAACUUCAAGAUUCUUCUGCUCCGAUCAAAUGCAUUUUAUGGUCCAAUCUACAACUCUUCUGCUUAUUUAGGGUUUGGAAGAAUAAGGAUCAUUGACAUAUCCGACAACUACUUCGUCGGAUCAUUGCCACAAGACUAUUUUGCCAAUUGGACGACGACUGAAAUGUCAAAAGUCAAAUAUAUAUCUUACGGAGCCCUAGAGGGUCCAUACAGUGCUCCCCAAGAUUCCAUGGAUUUGGUGUAUAAAGGAGUAGACAUGAAUUUUGAUCUGAUCUUUAACGGCUUAAAGAUUAUUGAUUUCUCUGGGAACCGAUUCUCGGGAGAUAUCCCUGGAUCCAUUGGUGUAUUAAGCGAUUUUCGUCAUCUUAACUUGUCAGGCAAUGCAUUCACAGGCAAUAUCCCACCAUCUUUGGCGAAUAUUACAAAUCUCGAGUCAUUAGACCUAUCACGAAAUAACUUGUCAGGUAAGAUUCCUCAAGGUCUCGGGAAGCUCUCGUUUCUUUCCAACAUCAACUUCUCCUACAAUCAUCUUGAAGGAUUGGUGCCACGGAGCACACAGUUCCAAAGGCAAAAUUGUUCUUCAUUUGUUGGUAAUCCUGGGCUAUACGGCCUCGAUGAUAUUUGUGGAGAAAUCCAUCAUGUUUCCGUUCCUACAUCUCAGCAACCCGAAGAAUCUUUGUCGGAGCAGGAAGAGCCACUGCUGAACUGGAUAGCAGCCGCGAUAGCAUUUGGACCUGGUGUGUUUUGUGGAUUAGUUAUCGGAUGUAUCUUCACUUCAUACAAACACAAGUGGUUUAUUAUAUCUCGUUAAGCCCAUCUAUCUGGCGGGUUCGUCAAGUUUGUACUCCGGUAACCUAGUUCGCUAGGUGUUCCUUCCUUGUAAUUUU